AUGGCCAAGUCAAAAAACCAUACUAAUCACAAUCAAAAUAAGAAGCAACAUAGAAAUGGUAUCAAAAAACCCAAAUCCAACAGAUAUCCAUCUUUGAAAGGGGUUGAUCCAAAAUUUUUGAAAAAUUUGAGGUUUGCCAAGAAGCACAACAAGAAACACUCUCAUCUUCUUGGUGGUGACAAGGAGAACAAAAAGUGA